GCCAUUCGUCACAAGCCUGAACAAGAAAAGCCUGAUACUCUUCAGGGCCGUCAUGCUGGACUCUGCAUUUCUAUGCUCUCUUUCGAGGUUUGUUUCAGGCAUAAUCUAACUUGACCCUCAAGAGCAUUGUGAUAGCUGUUCACGAUGAAGCUCCUCAUGCUCUUGACCAUAUUGUUUGUAGGCUCAGCUCUUUCGGCACGAGUCACGAACCCGAAGAAAGUCCCGCGAAAUGCUGUCCUCCUGUCCAAAGUCUCGGCGAUCACCGUCCGCGCAGGCAAACAAACUGCCUCGCGUCGAGUCCCUCCCGUCCCUCAACUACAAUGCGUUGGACCUGCAAAGAUAUGCAGUCUAUACACAGUUGAUGUAAUGCGCUGUACAAAUGAGGGCGUCGAGUAUGAUGAGAACAAUGUACAAUGGAGCUGCAAAGCAUCCUUGCCAGAAGAGUUCAAGCUGGGUAGUACAGAUGUGACCUGCGAAGGCUAUGAGAGCAGCGAUGAUCCCUACGUUCUGAAGGGCAGCUGCGGUGUGGAAUACAGGCUUUUACUUACCGACAAGGGAGAGGAGAAGUAUGGGUCACAAACAGGCAUGAAUUUCAACAUCUUACCGAAGACACAUCUGGUUUCGGAAAAGAUUGCAGGCUAUGUGUUUAUGGCAGUCUUCUUCCUGGUGUUGUUCAUCAUCGUUCGAGGUUUCUAUAGAGCAUGGCGAGAAGACUCGGGACCACCACAGGACCGUCCGUUUGGCGGAGGAGGUGGGGGUGACGACCCUCCACCACCGUACGAUCCGCGUCCUCCGCCACGACCGAAGAAACCUACCUGGUCAUCAAGCUCAAAUUCGAGUUCCAGUUCGACACAACGAUCACGCACGACUCAAGAAGAAGGCUGGAGACCAGGUUUCUGGACUGGUACAGCAGCUGGAGCUGCUGCAGGGUACUUUGCAGGGAGAGGCGCACGCACACAACCCGAACCGCCACGAAGAGCGCCGUGGGGGAAUGGAUGGUUUGGUGGCACGCGAGAUAACGAGUUUGAAGAAGCGAUUAACCAGGGCGGUUGGUUUCGGGGUGGGCGCGGAGGAGGUGGCGCCAGACCUGGACCGUCUUCCUCGAGGACUCCCAGCUCAAGUUCAAGUUUCUCGAGCUCGCGGCAUGAGAGUUCGGGCUUCGGUGGAACGAGUCGUCGCUAGAGAUGCUCUUGGGUACCGUCGUGGACAUUGACAUCAGGCUUGGCGUCCAAUUGCGGUUUUGGAGUCACUGAACCCGUGAAACGCCCUUGAAUACCAACCUGAGGGCCUGCUUUGGACUGCUUUGAUGAAAGAAAUGAGAUAUGAUACCCACGAUUGCUAUUGUCUCUUUGAUACUUCGAUACGGUCUUUGGACAACCCAUUUUUCC